AUGCAGCUGCGAGCAACUGGCCAGGCGUUUGAUGCCAUGGCAGUUCUGGUCAAUUAUUGUUGUGCUGAUCUAAACGCAUUUGAGUGCCCCGUGCUGGCCAACAAUGUGCAGAUAGUACAGAAGCAGCUGGCAGAUUGUCUGGCACAAAUAGCUGAUCUCAACUGCCAGAAGGGAACACUCGAGAACAGCUUGACUCAAAUCACACAGGAGAAAGAUGAGGCAACUAGGAGAGCACAGGAGGCGUGUGACACAAUAGACAAGGAGCGAGAAGAGCAUAAGAAAAUCACUCAAGAAAUGGAUGAUACUUUUAAUGCAGCACUCACCACUCAGCGGGAUGAACUUACAUCCAAACAUGAAGAGAAUGUGAAAAAGUUAACUCAGUUCCAUGAUAAACAGAUUGACCUGUUGCGGCUGGCCCAUGAGAGACAGAUUUCAGACAUGAAAAAUGAGAGCAAGCUGGACUUGAAUGCACUCAAGAUAUCCCAUUUAGAAGAGAUCCAGGAACUAAGGAAUAAGCAUGACAGUCAGAUGGAAGAGCUUCACAAACAGCACAGAAACAAGCUGGAGGAUAUUACCCACAGAUUUGAAUCAAUCAAGCUGACGCUUUCGGAAAAGCUUGAAUCCUUACGUGGUGAAUGUGAUGAACUGGCCCGUCGAGCUAGGAACAGUGAAGAUGCAUUACAGAGAGAUGCAGAUGCCAAAGUACAGAUUGCACUAGCCCCAUUUCUGAGUCUUCCUAAUGAAAUAGAAAGUUUGAAGACCGUCCUGGAGAUGAGGAAUGAAGAGGUCCAGAAACUACGAUGUAAAAAUAUGGACUUUGAGAAACAGCUGGAAGAGAUCCCCAUGGCGAGGGAGAAGAUCAUCUCCUUGCAGCAGAAGGUAGAGAACUUGGAAGCCAUCAUCAACAUCAAAACUGACCAUGAGAAGCAACUACAUGAGAAAUGUCAAAUCCUGAUGCGCAAAUAUGAUCGCGAAUCUCGGGCCAACAAGCGCCUGUCGAUGGACUAUGAGCAGGUUGUCUGGCGCAUGUCACAGAGUUCAGAGUUCGGUUCUUCUGAGAGCCUUACGAAGAGACAGUUUAGCCGGUCCCCACCACGCAGUAAAGAAGGGUCUCCAGACCCUCGACACCGAGCUGCGUCACCAAACUGUGGCCAGUCUGAUGUGAUUUUACGGGUGAAAAAGCGAAGCAGUCACAGUCUCAGUGAAGGUGACAGAAAGAUAAGGUCAAGGUCAGAAACCUUUGUGGUGGAGAAACAGGAAAGCAGUGACAGUCACUCUCCGUCACUGAGCCCGCAACUAAAACUAAAACGAUGGAGGAAGAAAUCGCAGGCCGAUGAAGUUGCUGCUGAAUGCAAAGAUCUUGCCCAGAUGAGUCAUUCUGCAGGUGCAGAGAUGUUGCCUGAUCCCCAGAGGCAGCAGAUACAGAGCAGCAGUUUGAGUCUGAAUGAUGUCAACAACUCUAACAUGGCAUCAUCUGAUGAUAUGGCUGAGUCUUAUGGUAGGUCUUCAUCUGGGGUGAGUGACUCUGGGAUGUGUGACAGCACCAGCAGAUCAGAUGUUUUGGAUAGCUCCAUUGUCAGCACAGAUUCUGAAUGGGGUACCUCAAUUAACCUUGCCAGGAAUUGUGUAGAUGAGCUUGAGUCUGGUCCACAGCCAGGAGACUACCAUUUUCGGAAUAUCACAGUGACUGAAGUGAUAGAGUCAACAUCCUGCAUCACUGAUACCAGUAAUGUUAGUCUUAAUGUUGACAGCGUGGGUGGUCCUUCCAGUUAUGAAAGCAGAUCUCAGUUUGAAAGUGAAGAUCAUCAACAGAGCAACAACUACCAUUUCAGUGUAACCCUACCCCAGGCUGCAGCUGUCUCUGAUGACAGUGUGUUUGACAACAAUGCUAACAGCGUGUAG